AUGAUUGUGAGCACUUCAUAUACAGAUAGAGUGAAAUUUAUCAAUGAUAAUUCUUCGAUAAACGGUCAAAAUUUGUCUUGUUCAAACUUUUCAGGAAUGUUAUUAAAAGAUUAUUAUUAUAUAUAUUAUAAAUCAUUUGAUAUUAUAUUGUUAAAAUAUAAAUUUAGAAAUAGAAAAAAUGAAGAUUAUUAUAAUAUAACUAAAGAAAUUCAUGAAUAUAUAAUGAAGAUUUUAAAAAACAAGCCAAGUGAUUAUUUUAUGAAACAAUUUUCUGAGAUAGAAAUUUUUAAAGAGAUAUUAAGGUCUGAAGUACCAAGAUUGUCAGAUUUAAACCUUUGUAAUUAUAACAUUAUUGAUAUGAUUAUAAAAGUUUUUGAUUUAGAUAUUUUUCAAAAAUAUGAGGAUAAGAUUAUCUCUUUUAAUCCUUGGUAUGAUUUUAAUUGGUUGUUUAACAGACUCUUACAAGAAUUUGCUGAAUUAUAG